AUGCCUGGUCUUGUUGCCGACGCCACUCGUGUUUGGGAGCUCAACCUCCACUGGCCUCUCCACGCCCAGUGCGGCGUGUGGGACCCCAAGGGUCGCGGUGUCGACGUUUGGGAGUGUAUUCGUGCUCACAACUCCACCCCCGGUACCCAACCGCCCAACCAGCUCUACUGGCGUUACGUCGCGCGCAGAUGA